AUGGCCGGUCAGUCUGCUGAAGGUGAGCAGUGCGCGCUCGUGCGGCUCAGCGACAACUACGUGGCCGAGGUGCUGGAAGAUGGCAAGCAGGCGCGGGUCGUGCGCGCUCGCCUGCGCAUCCAGCGCGUGGUGCCCGAGGACGAGGGCCAGUACAGCUGCGUGGCCUUCAACAGCCUCGGCAGAGCCACCACGCAGGCAUGCCUCGUCGUCGACGUCCCCGAGGAGAAGGAGAACCUGGUGUCGGGCCAGCUCGACAGGCCCAACAACCUCCAGUCCGCCGGCUCCACACCCCGGUCCACCCCGAAGUCGACGCCCAGGUCCACCCCGUCGCGCAGCGCCUCGCCGUACAUCCCUAGAGGCGGCCUGCGCGAGGUGGCACCCUCGGCGCCCAGCCUGGACCGGCCGCGGCGCACCCGGCCCGCGCCGCCCCGCUUCUACGCCGUGCCGCACAACCGCGUGGCCGAGCAGGGCGAGACGGUGCGCUUCCAGUGCGCGGUGGCGGGCCACCCGCAGCCCUGGGCGCGCUGGGACAAGGACGGCGUGUCGUGCGCCGCCACGGCCAGGGUGACCGUCAGCGAGCGCGACGACGUCCGCGUGCUCGAGGUGCGCGGCGUGACCCCGGAGGACGCCGGUAUCUACCGCGUCGUCAUCGAGAACGACUACGGCCGCGUGGAGGCCACGGCCAGGCUCGAGGUCAUCGGUCACCGCGGCCUCCCGGUCCGGCCCGAGCCCCUGCGCGCCUGGGGCUCCUCGCCGGCCAGGACUUCCCCCGCCUUCGGGCGGCGCCCCGCCAGCCAGGUGUCCAGAGCGGGCGGGGAGGCGACCCUCUCGUGCGACCUGGACGGCUCGCCGGCCCCCGUCACCAACUGGUACAAGGACGGCGACCUGGUGCUGCGCGGAUCGCGCGCGACGCCGUCCUGGGACGGCCGGGUGAGCCGCCUCACGCUGCGCGAGCUGCGCGCCGCGGACGCGGGCGUCUACAUCUGCGUGGCCUCCAACGAGGCGGGCGAGACGCGCUGCUCCGCGCAGCUCCUCGUCCUGGACCAGGGCGACCCCAGCGACGCGGACCGGCGGCCACCCGUCUUCGUCAAGGGCAUCCCCAGGCACACGGACGCCCACGAGGGCAAGGCGCUGGAGCUGCAGGUUGAACUCAGAGGUUCCGCACCUUUCCAGGUGGUCUGGCUCAAGAACGGCGUGGAGCUGCCGGACUGCAGCGACUUCAGGCAGGUGUCGCUCGGGGAGGGCCGCUUCGCGCUCGUCAUGCCGGACAUGUUCCCCGAGGACACGGCGACGUACGCGUGCGAGGCCUUCAACGGCCACGGCGAGGCGCGGACGCACGGCACCGUCACCGUCACAGACGGAGUGCCGCGCGUGGCUGCCGUCGCGGGGGUCGCGGCCACCUGGACCAAGACGCCGCUGGGCGUGAUGGCCACCCCGGGGACGUCGGCGUCCUUCUGCGCGCGCCUCAGCGACCCGAUGCAACGGCCCCGGACGGUGACCUGGAGCGUCGCCGGACGCGCCGUCGCCUCGGACAACGUCAAGUACCAGGUGGUCGAGGACGGCGACGAGCUGCUGCUGCACGUGCGGCGCGUGGCCGCCGAGGACGGCGGCGCCGUGCAGUGCCGCGUGCACGCGUGCGGCUCUCGCGCCAGCUCCGGCUCGUGCACGCCGUGCGGCGCGGCCUGCUUCGACCUCUCGUGCACGGCGGACCUCAUCGUGCUGGGAGACGAGCCCCGCGACGCCAGGGCAGCCAGCCUCGACAGGGCCGUCAACGGUUCCGAGCGCGGCCCAGCCUGCGGCCUGGAGCGGCCGGCCGUCCUGCUGAGAGGGCCCUCCGACACCACGGCGCUCCGCGGCGAGAAGGUGCAGCUCACGGCCCUGUACGCCGGCGAGCCGGAGCCCGCCGUGCGCUGGCUCAGGGCGGGCCGCGAGCUGGUGGAGGAUGACCGCACCUCCAUCCGCACGGCGGGUGGCGUGUCGUGCCUGGCGCUGCAGCCCGUGUCUGCGGACCACGCCGGCAAGUACGUCGUCAGCGUCGAGAACAUCUACGGGGCGGACCAUCACUACGCGUCCGUGGCCGUCGAAGGUCCCCCGGACCCCCCGGCCGGCAGGCCGCUGGCCACCGCCGACCCCGCUGGCGGGCUGUGCGCCGUGCUCACCUGGUCGUCGCCCCCCUACGACGGCGGCCGCUGCGUCGACGGCUACCUGGUGGAGGGCCGGACGGAGAGCGAGACCGAGUGGAGGGCCGUGGCGGAGAGGUGAGUGUACAGUACGAGCAAAU